AUGUCGUUCUUUACUGUCAUAGCAUCAUUGAUGCUGCCACUCGCUCAAGCUACUACCAAGUUCUACACAAACACCACAGUCCCUACCAAUAUCACAUCUGCGUGCUCUGACGCUCUCAUUGCUGAAGUCAACUGCGAUGUUGUAGUGCCAGCUCUGGUUACAGGCUUCUAUUACCCCAAUACCACCUUGAUUCGAGCGUGUACAUCAGACUGCCAAGAUGCCUUGGGCGCAUACCAAGCCAGCAUCGAGGCUGCAUGUGCUGCCGACACAUGGCUCGCCUAUAGCAACGAGACUAUGCCGGUUGCCAUCAUUCCCGAGAUCUUGAGUUACCAUUAUAACUUGACUUGCAUGACAGACGACGAGGGUCGCUUCUGUAACAAUGCAGCAGCUUCUUAUGCUGCAUACCUCGACACGAAUGCCACGACGAACAACAUUCCUGCCAUGGGCAUGUACGGAGACAUCGAGGUCACCGAUGAGUGUGACAUUUGCCUCAUCAAGAACUUGAAGUUCCAGGCAGAACAUCCUUACUAUGACGGACCUGAAAUCUACUCCAGCUCCCUUUACCAAUCCAAGACGGCCAGCUGCGGCGUCACGGAUAUGCCGUUGACCACGACAGCAGCCAAUAUUGACAUUACCACCACGGCUGCGUCUUCGACAGCUACUGCAACGUCUGGUUGCGAGGGCACUGUCUAUAGCAUUGCAGACGGUGAUGAUUGUCACUCCAUCUCUUCAAGCAUGAGCAUCGGAACCUCGUGGCUUCUAACUGAUAAUGAUCUCAAGGCCAAAUGUGUCGAUUUUCCAACUUCGGGCGAUCUUUGUCUGGUGAACACUUGUGACGUUUACACGGUCCAGACAAACGACACGUGCUCAAGCAUAGCCAAGGCAAAUAACAUUACGCAGGCACAACUCAAGGCCUGGAACCCGAGCAUUGAUGCUGGCUGCUACAAUGUUGAUAGCAUGGUGGAUGAUCAAUUGUGCAUUUCCAACCCUGGUGGUACUUACACCAUGCCCUCUUCUGUUUCUUCCGCCUCGAGCGCAUCGACAACUGCAGCUGUGCCUACUGAUGUUGCUUCCGGCACAAACACUCGAUGCGCUCAGUAUUACACGACUGUGGAGGGUGACUAUUGCAACCUGAUCAUUGUCAAGUACAGCAUUUCGCUCGAUAAUUUCCUUUUUCUGAACCCAUCCGUCAAUGAAAACUGCACGAAUCUCUGGGCGGACACGAGUUACUGUGUGGAAGCUGUCGGUGAUAUCAACACCUACAGCGGCAUGCCGGCUUACGUGACGGCCACGGCCACAUAUGUCAGUCUGGUAGGAGACCCUGCGACGACGUGGCCGACCAUCAACUACACCACUCCGACGGCCACGGCGACUACAACGGCUCUUCCCCUCGCUACCGGUACCAGGUCCGAUUGUUGGCAGUACUUCAAUGGUAGCAAGUACAUAGACAAGGUAUCUAGCGGCAGCUAUCUUGCCUCGGACUGCGACCUUGCAGCACACGUCUUCUCCGUCACUUUGGAAGACCUGGGCGUAUGGAACCCUUCCCUUGGUAAUACAAGUUUGAGCACCUGUACUUUUGAAUCAGGCUACCAGUAUUGUGGCCAGUAUUGGUUUGGCGACAGUGUCACCUCAAGCUCAGACUCGGGCAAUAACGACGACUUGACUCUCAGGGAUGGGACCCUCACAGAGGACAAUGGCUGUACCGAAUAUUUCGACCUCGAAGACGGGGACGGAUACGACUGUGCAUCCAUCCUAACACUCUAUGAUAUAACGAUUGCGGAUUUCUACGCCUGGAACACUGAUGUCAAAUCAGACUGCUCCAAUCUUCAGACAGGCUAUGAUUAUUGUGUCUCCAUCACUGACGGCUCGGAAAAUUCUACAUCCACUGCCACGGCAAGUGUCACAAGCGGAGUCACCUCGACAGCGUCGAGCACCGCUAGUACAACUGCCGUCACUGCACCUGCGCCGACGCAGACUGGCCAGCCAAGCGACUGCAAUGCGUGGUAUGUUGCUCAGUCGGGCGAUGGAUGUUAUGCCAUCGCCACGGACAAUGGCAUUAGCCUAGACCAGUUUUACGAGUGGAAUCCCGCCGUGGGAGACGAUUGCGCCAAUCUCUGGCCAGACGAGGCUUAUUGUAUCGGGGUGGCAAACAGCUCCAGCACUGCUACUACUACUGCGACGCCAACCACGACGACCACUGCCACGACGACCUCGGUCACGCCUCCUGCGGAUACGCAGAGUGGUAUUAUCUCAACCUGUGAUGAGUAUGCCGUUGCCGAAGACGGAGAAGGGUGCGAUACCUUUUAUGACGAGUACAACGUCACCAGAGAGGAGUUCUUGGAGUGGAACACGGCUGUCACGGAUUGCGCUACCGAUUUCUGGGCUGGUUAUGCGUACUGCAUCGGCGUCUCUGAAGAUUGA